AUGGCAGACCUAUGCCCCAAAGACUGUGAGCUGACAACCCUGGAUGAGGAGAACCUGUGGGAGAUAAUGGAGAACCACCGACAUAAGAUCGUCCGCAAUGUCUUCCCCAGUCGACUAACUCCUUACCUCCGACAGGCCAAGGUGUUAGAUCAGCUGGAUGAGGAAGAAGUUCUGCACAGUCCCAAGUUCACUAACAAUGCCAUGAGAGUAGGAUACUUGCUGGAUGUGCUGAAGACUCGAGGAAAAACUGGGGCCAUUGCCUUUCUGGAGAGCUUGAAGUUUCAUAAUCCUGACAUUUACACCCUGAUCACUGGACAAGAGCCCUCUGUUGACUCUGGCAGUUUCUGUGGCCUCAUCGAUACUUCCAAGCUGACUGAGUGCCUCGCUGGUGCCAUCACCAGCCUCCAGCAGGAUCUGUCACAGGAGAAGCUGAGGAGCCAGGCACUACAGCAGCAUUGCCAUAAGCUGAAGGAGCAACUGCAUAAACUAGAGGCCCAGAAUAAGAUCCUAAGGGACAUGGAAGCUGAGCACUACCGCAUGAAGAGGGAAGUGAGCACACAGUUCCACCAGGUGCUGAAGCUGAAGGAUGAGAUGUACACUUUGUCCAUGAGGUACACCAGUGCACUGCAGGACAAGGAUCUGGCCAUCACCCGCUGCCAGAGUCUGCAGGAGGAGUUGUAUCUAAUGAAGCAGGAGCUACAGCGGGUCCAGAUGACUUCCUCCUGUGAGCGUGAGUCUAGAGAGAGGUUUCUAAAAACCAGCAAUGAACUGGAACUCCAAGAGGGAGAGGUCAAUCGUCUCAAGGAGGAGAAUGAAAAGCUUAGGUCUCUGACUUUCAGCCUGGCAGAGAAGGACAUCUUGGAACAGAACUUGGAUGAGGCACUGGAUAGCAAGCAGGAACUGGUGGAUCGGAUCCACUCCCUGAGGGAAAGAGCAGUCACUGCUGAGAAACAGCGCAAACAGUACUUGGAAGAAAAAGAGGAGACCCUCUUUCAGUUCCAAAAAAUCAAGGUGGACUUUGAACUCUACAAAGAGAAGAUGAAUGCCCUGCAAAGCCAGGUGGUAGAGCUUCAGAAGGAGCGAGACCAGGCAUACAGUGCGAGGGAUCUGGCCCAGAUGGACAUUUCUCACAGCUUGACAGAAAAAGACUCCCUCCGAAGAAAAGUGUUUGAGCUAACCGAUGAGGUCUGUGAACUACGGAAACAACUCCAAAAGGUGCAGGCAGAACCAAUGAACAAGGUAAGGGAGGAGAGGGAGGGAGAACAUUCAAAGUGGGGGAAACAGAGGCUCGUAAGGAUGCAUGCCAUCAAUCCUCAGGAGGACAGCGAUUUCAGCUUCCUAAGCUCCACAGAGCACUGGCCAGAUCUGAGCGUCACCUCAAACCAGGAGCUGACGGGAAGCUUCUGUUCCAGUAGCCCUGUGCCUCCUUGCAAGCAAUCACUCUACAAGCGAGUCACUGAGGACUUCCAGGAAGAUCCCAUUUCUGUAAGCAGCUCCCAGGAGUUUCUUGAUAAAGAUUUUGGCAUCUCUUCAGGAGAGAAGAUAGAUGACAUAGAACUGGACUAUGAGGUGAUAGAUAUGGGAGGUUUCUCUGGAACAGAGAGUGUCCAGAAGGCAUUUCCCCCAAGUUCCUGCCCCCCAGAAAGAAGAAAAAUGCUUGUUUUUUUUUUUUCAUUCAGCAAUGUUCUAGUGCGUCGACGUCCUGCCUUGAGGAACCUGAGUCAGGUAACGGUGCUGGCCUUCCAGGGGGACUCCUUGUUGGAUCAAAUCAGCAUCAUUGGCGGAAACCACACAGGCAUCUUCAUUCACCGCGUCACCCCCGGCUCUACAGCAGAUGAAAUGGCUUUGCGUUCUGGCACCCAGAUCAUGAUGGUGGAUUAUGAUUCGAAGGAGAUCACUUUCAAGGCUCUUCUGGAGGACACAACCCUGGAGCAGGCAGUAGGGCUUCUCAAGAGGGUGAAUGGCUUCUGCUGCUUAUCCGUGAAGGUCAACAUGGAAGGUUACAAGAGACUGGUCCAGGACAUAGAAAACAAAGUGACCACCUCGGGGGAUUCAUUCUAUAUCAGGGUCAACUUGGCCAUGGAGGGAAAGGCAGGUGGAGAGCUACAGGUGCAAUGUAAUGACAUCCUGCAUGUCACUGACACCAUGUACCAAGGCCAAAGUUGUUGGCAUGCCCAUCGAGUCAAUUUGUACAGCAUGAAGGACACAGAUCAUGGCACCAUCCCCAACUACUCACAGGCUCAGCUGCAGCUCAUUACCCUCAUCCAGGACAUGACCCAGCAGAUCACAGUCACCCGCAAGUCAUCUGGGGGACAACAGAAAUUAGUGCGCAUAGUCAGCAUGGACAAGACCAAGACCAAUCCGCUGUGUUCUUCCUUCGAUGGGAGCCAGGCUGAGCCCAGCAAGUUGGAAGAUUCAUCUAUGGUGUGUUUUUGGGCAGAGAGCUGUUUUACACUAGUGCCUUACACACUGGUAAAAUCCUACAAGCCAGUCAGGCCUCGGCCUGUGCUCUUUGUGCCUGCAGUGGUUGGGAGGAUCCUGAGUGAGAAGCUGAGCCUCUUCAAGGACUUUGAGAAAUGCCCAACAGAGAAUCUGAGUCAAGAAGAGUAUGAAGAACGGAGUCAGAGAGGAGACAUAAUCAACGAGAAGGAGGAUCCCAGCCACCACAGUUAUGUAACCUGCCAAGCAGUAGAGUCCUUGGUGCAGAAGAAUAUACACUGUCUCUUGGACAUAAGGCUGAACUGUGUGCAAGCCCUGCACAGGAUUGAGAUCUUCCCUAUCAUUGUCCACAUCUCUGUCACUGAGAAGAAUGCCAAGAAACUCAAAAAGGCCCUUCAGCGACUUGGAACUACAGAAGAACAGAUCCUGGAAACAGCCAAGCGCGAGGAGGCUGAACUGGAGAAGAUCUCUUGUUUAUAUACCAGCCUAGCCCCCGACUGCUGGAGUGAUAUGGACUCACUUGUCAACUGUGUCCGCAUGGCCAUUGCUGAUGAGCAGAAGAAAUUUGUGUGGCUAGAACAAAGCCCUAGGUAA